UCUCCCUCUUUCUAUUCUGUCUUUCAUUCUAAUAACUUGUAGUCAUGCAACAACUUCCACAGGACCGACAACAAGAGCAGAUACAGAGAUUUUAUCGCCAGGAGCUACAACAGUUUGCUCAAACGAAAGAUGCACUUAGAGCACAGCAUCGUCCGCAAGAGAACAGCUCUGAUUCAAAUGAGGAUAGUCUAAGCGAUCGACUCGAUGACGAUGAUGGAGAUAUUCAAGUUGAAGCUGCAGAUAUGCAGACUCAUAUUCCAGCCUCCAAUGUUGGAUACAAGCUUUUGUUGAAAAUGGGAUGGAAGGUUGGAACAGGACUUGGUCAAAACGCCACAGGUAGGACAGCACCGAUCCCAAUUGAGCAUAAGCAGGAUGUGCUAGGAAUUGGAAAACAGGAGGUUGAUAAUUGGUAUAAUGAAUCGAGUACCGCCAAAAGGAAGGCGCUAGAGGUGGAGAGACAAGCAGAAGAAACUGAGGAAGAAAAGAAUAAGCGCGAGAAACAAGUUCAGCAGAAAGUAGCUGUCAAGGCGGAACUUGAAGUAGUCAAGUCAGCAUUUUAUUGCGCACUUUGCGAUAAGCAGUAUGAACGCAUCUCUGAAUAUGAAGUUCACUUGAGUUCAUACGAUCAUAACCAUAAGAAGCGCUUCAAAGAAAUGAAGGAAACUAGUCGUGCAGGAGCAGCGGGUACUAUGAAUAAGAUCAAGGAAAAGGAAAAACGUAGGGAAGAAAGGGAGCUAGCAAAGAUGCAAGAGGCCGCCAUGAAAAGAGCAGGUGCAGGUGCAGGAGGAAGCAUUGGAACAGGAAUUCUCAGUACUCCAUCUGUACCAGCUCAGACUACCAUAGGACGGACAGGCUUUCAACCCGUCAGACUUGGAGGAUUUGAGCCUGUGACAUCGAGUGAGCCUCAGCCCGAGCAGGUGAGUGGUAGUACAGCACGAUCUGAAAACAAUCAAGGAACGACCAACUCAAUACCGACUAGUGGUUUUCAACCUGUGAAAGUACCUGGAUUGCAGCCAGAUAAAAAGAGUGGUUUUCAACCUGUAAAAGUGAGUGGAUUCCUUCCUGAGGAAGAAAAUGAUGACCCCAAUAUGCCGGUAUCAUCUUCAACAACGACAAAUGCAGGGCCAGAAGCUGUAUCUGCACCUUCAGCUACUCCGGCUGGAUUCCAGCCCGUUAAACUAAGCGGGUUUAAGCCUAUGAAGAUUGGUGGAUUUCAAUUAAAGAAGCCCGGUGCCAAAUGAUCAUAGAAAUAGUCUACCACUAUUUAAUGAACCAUAGUUUAAAAGUAGGAAUAGUAAAUAAAAAUAAUAGAC